GGCUUGUUGAGAGGCGUUGUCGCACACGAUCCGACCGAGUAUUUGAAGAUUAUACACCCAGCGUUUGACCUAUACUCGCAUAUACUGCGCCCUCGAACGCUUCGUGCAGCCCUACAUUUACCAGAGUGCACAGUACACGACGAAAUAAAAAAACCUUACAAUGGCCAACUACAUCCACGUUCCUGACGAGGCUCCGGCUGUCCCUAAAAUAGACGUGACAGUUGACGAAAGCGACUACAGAACCGGUGCAUUAAAACUAAUAAAGGAGCUGAGACCGAACUGGAAACCGUCCGAGGUCAAAGUCAAGUUUUUCACAGAUGGGAUAACCAAUAAGCUCCUGGGUUGCUACGUGGGCCCUAGGAUGAAAGACGUGGUGCUGGUCCGUAUUUAUGGCAACAAAACGGAGCUGCUGGUCGACCGGGAAAAUGAAGUGAAAAGCUUCCGAGUGCUACAGGCUCACCGCUGUGCCCCGCAUCUCUACUGUACCUUCAACAACGGCCUGUGUUAUGAAUUUCUGGAAGGAACUGCCCUGGAGCCAGAACACAUCCGUAGCCAACCUGUGUUCAGACUCAUUGCCGGGCAGCUGGCCAAGUACCACGCAAUCCAUGCCCAUAAUGGCUGGGUGCCCCAGUCUGACCUGUGGAUUAAGAUGGGCAAGUACUUUGCUCUCAUCCCUAAGCACUUCAAAGAUCCUGAGCGAAAUGCCAGGUUGCACAUGGAUGUGCCGAGCCCUCAGUUCCUCAGAGAAGAGAUGGUGUGGCUCCAGCAGAGCCUGUCUGGGCUGGGCUCCCCCGUGGUUCUCUGCCACAACGACCUGCUCUGCAAAAACAUCAUCUACAACCCAGAGGAAGGUAAUGUAAAGUUCAUUGACUACGAAUACGCUGGGUACAAUUACCAAGCCUAUGACAUUGGGAACCACUUCAAUGAGUUUGCUGGCAUUAAUGAGGUGGAUUAUAGCCACUACCCAGACCGGUCUUUUCAGCUGCAGUGGCUCCGCUCCUACCUGGAAGCCUAUAAGGAACAUAAGGGCCAGAACAGUGAUGUAACUGACAGGGAGGUGGAGGUUCUUUAUGUGCAAGUCAACCGAUUUGCCCUGGUUUCUCAUUUCUUCUGGGGUCUCUGGGCUCUGAUUCAAGCCAAGUUCUCCACCAUUGACUUUGACUUUUUGGGAUACGCUGUUCUGCGCUUCAACCAGUACCUGAAGAUGAAACCAGAAGCUCUUGAAUUGAACUUCCCUGAAUAGAACACCCACCGCUCUACAUGCCUCCCUCCUCCCUCU